AUGGGUGAUUCUCAAAAGGAGAUAGAAGUUCCUUCCUUUUUUGUAUGUCCGAUUUCUCUAGAUAUCAUGAAAGACCCUGUAACUCUCUCCACAGGAAUAACAUACGAUCGUGAAGCCAUAGAGAAAUGGUUGUAUACUCGAAAGAACAGCACGUGUCCCAUCACCAAACAAGUUCUCACCGAUUUAGAGCUCACCCCAAACCACACCCUUCGUCGAUUGAUCCAAUCUUGGUGCACAAUUAAUGGGCCAUAUGGUAUCGAAAGAUUCCCCACUCCACGGAUCCCAAUCUCCAAAUCACAAAUCUUGAAGCUUCUACAAGAUUCUAAGUCUCCUAAUAUGCAGAUGAAGUGUUUGAAGAGGCUAAAGACGAUUGUUUUGGAAAGUGAUAUGAAUAAACGGUCAACGGAAGCAGUUGGAGCAGCUGAAUACCUAUCGUACAUCAUAUGUAACCCUAGUUCUUAUCUGUCGUCACCAUCACCGGCGAUUGAAGUUUCUCAGAUCGACGGAUUUGAUAAUUUGCCGACAGAUGUUGACGAAACGGGUGAUGGAACGCGCCACCAGUUCUGA